UCUCCCCCCCACAUGUCUCCGUCUCUCUCUUACAACACAUUCAGUCACUGCACAGUCAACGUGCGACACAGGUGUGUUGUUAGUGGUAAACAAACUUGUUUGUACACAAAGUGUAUAAUACACAUACAUAGGUGGUUCAGUGAAAAUAGAUAUAAAACGUGCCUGUGUUUGUUAUCAGUUCACUUGUGUGUGUCGGAGGCUUUCUUAUUUGUGCUGGCAAUUAGCCGUCAAGAGUUAAAGGUGCCUGAGGUCAUGAUGGCGCCCAGUGUGUUCCAGAGAACCAAAUCGCCGCGGUCCUCGCCAGGGAAUAUACCUAGGAAACUACAGAACGGUACAGCAUCGGUUCAGUCGACCGCGGACUCUAGCCCCGGGAACUCGAUCUCCGACGCUGAGAACUAUGAAUGUUAUGGUGAAGCUGAUGGGGAAGCCGCGCCCGCUGCCACGUUGGAAAACGGCCACAGGAGUCCCGGGAAUCAAUUGAACAGACAUUCAUGGACCAGGACCAGUCUAAGACGGACCCCACCAAGUCACCAAGAGAAUCUGCCGCAUCGAAGGUGGGGUUCGAUGAGACAUUCCGGAAAACGUCAAAUAGGCUCCAAUGUCUUAGCCAGCCAAUUGUAUCGGUCGUCGUCCUUCAACUCGUCUGGCUGCGGGUCGGGGGGCGAGCCGGCGGACGAUAUGUACUCCGAUGUAUCGCUGGAGGAAGAUGUACAAGGACUUAAUUAUAAGCUUCAACGUUUGCAACAGCAAGUGACGUCACUAGCGGACACCCAGAGCACAGCAGACGAGAGGUACGCCAGAGCUAAAGCAGAAAACGCCGUACUACAAUCCAGAGUACACAUGCUGGACGAACAGAUAAGAGAGAUCGAAUGCAGAUGCGAGGAACGUAUAUCAGAGGAGCAGCGUCGUUGUAGAGAAGCCAUCUCACGUGUGGAGAGGGACAGGGAAGCUCAACUCGCGGCCCUCACCGACAGACUGGCGGCCGCGGAGGCUGAAGCAUCACACCUUAAACAAGAGGUGGGUCGUUUACGUGGUGUAGCUGAAACUCUCCGUGCUAACUCCGAGACCAGUGCUCGUGUGGCUCGAGAGGCUCAAGAGGCUUCGAGCGAAUUGGCGGCACAGUUGAGUGCGGCGAGAGAGGCUGAGAGGAAGGAGAGAGAUGCUGCGGAGAUCGCGAGAGGACAACUGGCGAGGCUCAAGGAAGAGUUGGAGGACAUGAGGGACGUGGCUCCUCCACCCCCCGACCCGAGGCUUCAGGAACUCACCAUGGAACUAGAGUUACUACGGACUCAGAACAAAUCCUUAACUGAAACCCAGGAGGAGCUUCAGGCACAGAUCCUCACGCGUGGUGUUGAAGAAGGCAGAAGUUUGUUGGACGGAGUCAGUGGACCCUUAGUAGCGACUAACUCGCUGGCUCACGAACUGUCACAGAUGUCGGACCACGAGCUCGUUGGUAGCAAACACACAGACAGCGUAGAGCUGGAAAAGUUGCAGAAAGCCUUAAAAGAGCAACAAGAUGUAAACGUCCAAUUGAGAAAUUAUAUAGAUGGAAUUCUGUUAUCGAUCGUCGAAAACUACCCUCAACUGCUGGAGGUGAAAUAUCAACAGAAACCGGAAAUGAAGUCAUAACACCGAUUAAAUUUAUUUUAGACAAAUAUUACAAUAGAAAAUCCUGUAUUAAUAAAUAUUAGCUGAUAUAUGAAAAGAUCAGGAUCCAUUUGUUAUAAACAGUAGUGACAAACUCAUCUCUGGAUUAAAUUAUAUUUUUAAUAAUAUUUAAUUCUAAAUUAUUCCCUAUUAACAAUGUGCUCUGUGUAACUUAUUGUUCUCUUACUCUCAAUAUAUUUUCUCAACUAAUAAUGGAUUUUAUGAUAAAAUUUUGUGAUAAUUAAAAAAAUAUAUAUAUCAAAUAAUAUCCCACUCCACGGUUAUAUCAUUCGAAUAUUCCUUGUAACUGUAAAUAAUGUAUAGAUUAUCUCUAGCUGUAGUAUCGGAAUGUUAACGCUCCAGUUAAAAUAUAUAGUUAAACAGAUCUGGGGUUAGAUUCAGCCGUUUCCAAGGCAUGACCGUCCAACAGCUUGUACAUUUUAUGCUAAGACUGGAUUUAUUGGACACGAACGGUGCAACAAUGUGUUCCAAGAUUAUAUAUACACUAAUAUUAUUUAUAAAGCCAUUAAACAUAUUCGUGUUUAUUAAUAAUAUUUUUAAUAUAAAUAGCAUAGUACCUAUAAUUAAUAUAUGUUACUAUUUUUACAAUGAGAUAUUGGAUAGUGUAGUUGAGUAUGUCUGUGUACAUUUUGAUAACACAAUUAAUAUGAAGUAUGGUAUACAUGUUAUAAUUAUAGAAAAUGAAUUAAAUGAAACAAUAAUAAUAUUGC